AUGGCUGCAGGGGUCGCAGCAUGGCUGCCCUUUGCAAGGGCGGCGGCCAUCGGGUGGAUGCCCGUGGCCUCGGGCCCCAUGCCAGCUCCCCCGAGGCAGGAGAGGAAAAGGACUCAGGACGCUCUCAUUGUGCUGAACGUGAGUGGCACCCGCUUCCAGACGUGGCAGGACACCCUGGAACGGUACCCAGACACCCUGCUGGGCAGCUCCGAGCGGGACUUUUUCUACCACCCGGAGACGCAGCAGUAUUUUUUCGACCGUGACCCAGACAUCUUCCGCCACAUCCUGAACUUCUACCGCACGGGGAAGCUGCACUACCCGCGCCACGAGUGCAUCUCGGCCUACGACGAGGAGCUGGCCUUCUUCGGCCUCAUCCCCGAGAUCAUCGGCGACUGCUGCUACGAGGAGUACAAGGACCGCCGGCGGGAGAACGCCGAGCGCCUGCAGGACGACGCGGACUCGGACAGCACGGGCGAGAACGCGCUGCCCACCAUGACCGCGCGCCAGAAGGUCUGGCGGGCCUUCGAGAACCCCCACACCAGCACGAUGGCCCUGGUGUUCUACUACGUCACCGGGUUCUUCAUCGCCGUGUCCGUGAUCGCGAACGUGGUGGAGACGGUGCCGUGCGGGUCCAGCCCGGGGCACAUCAAGGAGCUGCCCUGCGGGGAGCGGUACGCGGUGGCCUUCUUCUGCCUGGACACCGCCUGCGUCAUGAUCUUCACGGUGGAGUACCUGCUGCGCCUGGCCGCCGCCCCCAGCCGCUACCGCUUCGUCCGGAGCGUCAUGAGCAUCAUCGACGUGGUGGCCAUCCUGCCUUACUACAUUGGGCUGGUCAUGACGGACAACGAGGACGUGAGCGGGGCCUUUGUCACCCUCCGGGUCUUCCGUGUCUUCCGCAUCUUUAAGUUUUCCCGCCACUCGCAAGGCCUGCGCAUCCUGGGCUACACCCUGAAGAGCUGUGCAUCCGAGUUGGGCUUCUUGCUCUUCUCGCUCACCAUGGCUAUCAUCAUUUUCGCCACGGUUAUGUUCUACGCAGAGAAGGGGUCUUCCGCCACCAAGUUCACCAGCAUUCCGGCGGCCUUCUGGUAUACCAUUGUCACCAUGACAACACUAGGGUAUGGUGACAUGGUACCAAAAACCAUAGCAGGGAAGAUUUUUGGAUCCAUUUGCUCGUUGAGUGGGGUCUUGGUCAUUGCUCUGCCUGUUCCAGUGAUUGUAUCCAACUUCAGUCGGAUCUACCACCAAAAUCAACGAGCAGACAAAAGGAGGGCACAAAAGAAAGCCAGACUCGCCAGGAUACGGGCAGCCAAAAGCGGAAGUGCAAAUGCUUACAUGCAAAGUAAACGGAAUGGUUUGCUCAGUAAUCAACUGCAGGUACCAGGAACACCAUAUAGUGCCUUUGUCAGCAAAUCCGGCUCCAGCUUUGAAAGCCAGCACCACCACCUGCUUCACUGCUUGGAAAAGACCACGAAUCACGAGUUUGUGGAUGAACAAGUGUUUGAAGAAAGUUGCAUGGAGGUUUCGACUGUUCAUCGUCCUUCAAGUCAUAGUCCCUCUCUGUCCUCACAACAAGGAGUCACCGGCACUUGCUGUUCCCGACGACACAAAAAAACUUUCCGCAUCCCAAGUGCCAACGUAUCAGGAAGCCAUCGAGGCAGUGUGCAAGAACUCAGUACCAUUCAGAUCAGAUGCGUGGAGAGAAACCCGCUAUCUAACAGCCGAUCCAGUUUAAAUGCCAAAAUGGAAGAAUGUGUUAAACUAAACUGUGAACAACCUUAUGUGACUACAGCAAUAAUAAGCAUCCCAACACCUCCAGUAACCACUCCCGAAGGAGAUGACAGGCCAGAAUCUCCCGAGUACUCAGGAGGAAACAUUGUCAGAGUGUCUGCUUUGUAGACAGUUGGAAUCAGGUCUAGGGGAAUUUGAGCCCUGGCUGUGGAGAGAAUUCCAAUGUGGAAGAAAGAAGACAAGAUAAACAUUUUGCAGCUGGAAACGGCAAAGCAAGAAGGUUGGUAGUGACAUAAAAACAAAGCUUCCAAACUAGAGGAUGGAAAUAAAACCACCAAAUGGCAUUUCUUUAGAGUUUGACCUGUUGUACCGAGGAAUAGUCUGUGGCCCUUUGGCUUUGUGAAUGAGCACAAUGAAAUGCCGCCUAUUGAUGCUUCUUAUGACCAGAACUCUUUUAUAAUAAAAUAAAAUAAAUCUUUGAACCUAA